UGAGCACAGUGUCACAGAUUCCCCCUCUCCUAACUCAAUAUAACCCCUUCACUUGACCCGAACUCUCUUGGAAAGCUACUUGCUCCGAGGAUUGAACAUGGCAAAUUCUACAAAGAGAACCGAGCAUAAGUAUGUUCCAGGCCAUCAGCAGCACCAUAUCAAAUUACACACCAUGCGGACUGCAGAGAACAGCUCUGCAUAUCUCUUGUCCACACUAAAAACCAUGGUAAAGAGUCAACCCCGCUUGAAAUUACUGGACUGUGGAGCAGGACCUGGAUCGAUCUCGGUCUCGCUCGCAAGGUAUCUUCCCGAGGGCGAAGUGAUCGCUACAGACCUCUCCGAAGACAUUGUCAAACGAGCGGCAGCCUACGCUCAGGAACAGGGCGCGACCAAUGUGAAGUGCGAAGUAGCAUCGAUCUAUGAUCUGCCAUAUCCUGAUAAAAGUUUUGAUAUCGUCCAUGUACAGCAGGUCCUCACUCAUUUGGACGAACCGCUUAAGGCAGUACAAUCUCUGAUUCGCGUCUGUCGUGUGGGAGGGGUUGUUGCAAUUCGUGAGGUUGACAUGCGAAUGUUCAACUACCAUCCUGAGACGCCAGGCUUGAUCGCAGCUCACCGGCUCAUGAUGGCGAGCAUGGAAGCAGGCGGCGGCUCGAUCGAUAUGGGGGCGCGAUUGGUAAGCAUUGCAAUGCAAGCUGGCGUCCAGCGUGAACAUAUCCAAGCCAGCAUGGGUACAUUUUGCUACAGUACUGCCGAGGAGCGCUUUGCAUGUGGUUCCCAAUUCCGUGACCGGCUAAAGGAAGGCAGUAUGCGGAAGACAGUCCUUGAAGCCGAAUUGGCUACUGUGCAGGAACUUGACGGUAUGAUGAGAGCUUGGGAUGAUUGGAUUGCAGCUGAAGAUGGCAUUCUGGGCAUGAUGAAUGGAGAAAUUCUUGUCACUAAGCACUAAAAUUAUCUUGUGUUGGCAGCGAGCUCCCGAUGCCGAUAGUACCCAUUGAGACAAUAUACCUUGGCAAUCUGGAAAC